AUGAAAGCAAAGGCUUGCAAGGCCGGAAAGGAGGUCACUGUCAGAAGGAAGGGGUAUUGUGGCCUCCACGAGUGUCGCUGCCCAAAAGACAAUGAAUGUCCGUCGACACUUGCUGAAGUUUGCGGAAGUGAUGGCAAAACCUAUGACAAUGAAUGCAAACUGAAAUUACAAUCGUGUAAGGUGGACGGCAGUCUUGUGGUCAUGAAACAAGGACGCUGCGAUGAUUGCUCGGAAAUGAAAUGCCCACCGAGCCAAGUCUGUAAAGUGAUUCAAAGCGUGGCCAAGUGCCAGUGCCCCGAUAUACGCGACUGCAGCUAUAUUCCAGCGCCGGUCUGCGGUUCAGACGGUAUUGAGUAUCCUAACGAAUGUCAUCUUAAGGUCAAGUCUUGUUCCACUGGCGGUGGAUUGGUCGUAGUUAACAAAGGCCCGUGCGUGGGUGGCUGUCGCCUCGUGAGGUGUCCAAUUUACGCAGUUUGUCACAACGCUCCCGAUGGGUCUCACACUUGUGUGUGUCCGAAGAAACAGGACUGUCUGCCAGUAAUGAAGACAGUGUGUGGCACAGACGGUAAAACGUACAUCAACGAGUGUCUUAUGAAAGCCAUCGCCUGUGAGAGGAAACAGAAGACUGAGAAGAGGAAAGAUGGACUGUGUGAUGCAUGUAAGUUUGUAGCCUGCCAGAAGCACAGAAAAUGUGAGGUGGUAGCGGACGGCUCCACUCAGUGCGUGUGCCAGGUACGUGCUGAAUGCCCAGUUGGAGGAGAUCCCGUAUGUGGAAGUAACGGUAACACGUAUGAUAACGAAUGUCACUUCAAGGCCGAUGCCUGCGGAAGUGACUUGAAGAUGAAGAAAGGAAGAUGCGAUGCAUGCUCCUUCCAUCAGUGUAAGCCGUAUCAAGACUGUGUUGUAGUUGACAACAAAGCGAAGUGCCAGUGUCCCAGAAGAUGUUCGUCCGAUGAAGAUCGAGUGUGUGCCAGCAAUGGGAAAUCUUACACAAACGAGUGUCUGAUGAGGGCAAAGGCGUGUAAGGCUAGAAGACAGCUCACUGUGGUGAAGAAAGGGGAAUGCGAUGCGUGCGCCCUGAAAAGAUGUGAUUUAUAUCAAAGAUGUGUCCUUGAUAGUAACAACCAAGCAAGAUGUGUUUGCCCUUCUCCUCUCCAGUGCCUGCGCAGCCAAGUAGCCUCGCCUGUUUGUGGUAGUGACGGUAUAACCUACGCUAGUGAGUGUGCGCUGAGGGCAGCAAACUGCCCAAAACGAUUGAAGGCUCGCUUGCUGUUUAGGGGAGAGUGUGGUUUGGUCGUGCUACCAUGCUCAAGUACCUUUUGUAGGUAUGGCGCCAGGUGCGGCUUCACAAAAGGUUACCCAGAGUGUGUAUGUCCCAUGGAAAUUGAUUGUGCGUCAGAAAAAAACUAUGUGUGUGGUAGUGACGGAAGAAGAUAUGACAACCCAUGUGUGAUGGCGGCCAGAGCUUGUCAGAUGAGAAAGGAAGUUACAAUCGUAGAAUUCGGUGAAAAAUGCGGAGCAUGUCGACAAGCAAAAUGUGAGAGGUUCUUUGCCGAAUGUCGGUUUACGGACACAGGUCUGGCAACUUGUGUUUGUCCUGAGGAGAAUCAGUGUCCUUUGGAAAGUGAUGAAGUGUGUGCUGAUGAUACCAUCACGUAUCGCACAGAGUGUCAUAUGAGGGCGAAUUCCUGCAAGAAUAAGGUUCCUCUUAGAGUUGUCAAGAAAGGACCCUGUGUAACUUGUAAAGAGAUCAAGUGUGAAUUCUACGGCAAAUGUGUCAAGAAAGAUAGAAAACCCGUGUGUCAGUGUUCUAAAAAAAAGGAUUGUCCUCCUUCAAAAUAUCCCGUAUGUGGAUCCGAUGGCAAGCAAUACAUCAGUACGUGUGAAAUGGAGGUGGAAUCGUGCAAUAACAAAAGGUCCAUCACAGUCAAGAACAAAGGAGUGUGUGAACGAGGUCAAUUGGUUGGCUUCAGAGGUAACGGUUACUUGGAGUACAAAAUUUUGUCAGGUGUGCAGAAAGAAACAAAUAUUACGAUGAAAUUCCGACCAAUCAGUCGCACGGGUGUCAUACUGAGUAACCAAGACACCGGUAGAGAUUUUAUCUUCAUUCUCUUGAAACGCGGACAGGUGAUAUUCAGUUAUGACCUGGGCGAAGGACCAGUCGAAAUCAUAAGCAACCAAUUUGUGAGGUUAAAUGACUGGAACCAGCUGCGUGUGUACAGGAAAGGUAUCAACGGGUACCUGGAGCUGAAUGGAGUGCGUGUCAGCGGUGCCUCGCCUCUAGGCCUCAGACAACUUGAUAUCGAUCGUAAGAUGUUCCUUGGAGGAAUUGUCACCAUACAAGGAGGCACUGGACUACUUGGAGUAAAAGCUGGUUUCUAUGGAUUGAUGGCAGAACUUAUCAUCAAUGGUGUGCAUUACGACUUGCAUUUACAAGGCCUAGUUAAGGGCCAACCUUUGAACGGUGUGAACGCCUUUUACAUGACAAAGGGCGCGGAAGACAUGUGCUUGAUGACUCCGUGUGAACACGGCGGCGGGUGUUCAAUUCUUCAAAACAAAAUAAGGUGUGACUGCCCGAAAGGAUUUCUGGGUGAUCGCUGUCAACUACGAGCUAAUGUACCUUACUUCCAAGGUGGAGCUAUCGCAUUGGGUAGUGCCUACAUGAAUUGGCGUUGGAAUUUAAUGUUUACGACGAGGGUAGACGUAUUCAGUGCUGUCUUUGGUAUUCGACCUGAGCAAAAUAAUGGCCUUAUCAUGUACUCGGGAUCUGCGAACGCUUUCAUUUCGUUAGCCAUAAUUAAUGGCCAGAUUCAAUUCAGGUUCAAACUUCGCCAAGGCAGAGCUAGCACUACAAUCAGCACGGACUUCGCCCUGCAACUGAACGCUUGGUCUAGUAUCGAGGCGCACAUUGAUAUCGUGGGCGCAGGUGUAGCCUUGGGGUCUUUAGUAGUUGACAGCAAAAACUUCACGUCAAGAGUAUCAGGCUUCUCGACCGCGCUAUAUUCCAGUUUACUACAGGAAAGAGUAUACAUUGGUGGAGGGUCUACAGCUAAUGCUGCUAUCAUUUUUGAAAGGACGGGGGUAAGAGCUGGUUUUAAAGGCUGUAUGCGGGACUUCGUAUCCGAAGACGAAGAUUUGCGUGAGAGACCGCUGGACAUAUCCGUUAGCUUUGAAGAAGGGGAAAAAGAGGAUCCCGCUCGAUUAUUCGUCAAGGUAACGAAGUGCGGAUGUAAAGACCAGCCUUGCCAAAAUGAUGGAAAAUGCGCACAGAGAAAGAGGGACUUCCGCUGUGACUGCAAAUUAGGAUUUACCGGGCCACAGUGUCAAAUCAAAAGUUGCGGUGGAAAUGUCAAGUUUGACGUAGGAUUCGCCAUAGAUGGCUCCAAUUCAAUCGACGACAAUGAAUACCGCCUAACCAAAGAUUUUGUCAAAGACGUCAUCAAGGCCUUUUCCAUCUCAGAGGAUGGAACUCAUGUUGCCUUGCUGCAGUAUGCGAGCAUAGGAACUAUGGAAAUCUACUUUAAUGAUGAUGAAUAUCGAGAUCCAGACUUACUUCUAAAAGAGGUGGAAAACGUGAGAGCCCUCAGGGGUGCGGCGACUGAUAUUGGAGAUGGUCUGGAGGUGGCGCUGAAGGAAAUGUUUUCUACCAAGAAUGGAAUGAGAGGCAAUGAUGUGAAAAAGCUGUUUAUCUUUUUCACGGACGGCAGAAAUACAGACACUGUGGCGGACUUAAGUGUUAAAGCGAACCAAAUCAAGAACAUCCCGAACAUGACGUCGAUUGCAGUCGGAGUUGGGGAUAUAGUAGUUCGCGAUGAACUGCUGACAAUAGCUUCCAGUGAGGACGAGGUUUUUGAACUCGAAGAAUUCGAAGAGCUGAAACUGCUCAUAGAUAAACUGAGACCCAGGGAGUGCCAAGGAGAUGAUUUUCCAUAGCGUCCAAUUGUAUAAGGCCAAAUAUUUACUUCCGUAAAAUAGAAAAUUGUUCCAUUGCUACAACCCGUUCUACUAGUGGUAGAUAAGUUUUUUUU